AUGAGCGGCAGCAGCGAUCCAGAGCGUGAACACGCCCUCGAGGGCUACAAGUCCAAGCUGUUGGAGUCGAGAGAAUGGGAGGCUAAGCUCAAGUCGCUGCGGUUAGAGAUCAAGGGCCUCCAGCACGACUUUGACGUAUCAGAGGACAACAUCAAGGCGCUACAGAGUGUCGGCCAAAUAAUAGGAGAGGUGUUGAAGCAGCUGGACGAGGAACGAUUCAUCGUCAAGGCCUCAUCAGGUCCGCGCUACGUCGUCGGCUGUCGGUCCAAGGUCGACAAGGCCAAGCUGAAGCAGGGAACCCGAGUCGCCCUCGACAUGACCACCCUCACCAUAAUGCGCAUGCUGCCCCGCGAAGUCGACCCCCUCGUUUACAACAUGUCGUUGGAGGACCCUGGUCAGGUUAGCUUUGGCGGUAUCGGUGGUCUGAACGAGCAAAUUCGUGAGCUGCGUGAGGUCAUUGAGCUGCCUUUGAAGAACCCAGAACUCUUCUUGCGAGUCGGCAUAAAGCCACCCAAGGGUGUGCUGCUCUACGGCCCACCUGGUACCGGAAAGACGCUCCUUGCGAGGGCAGUGGCGAGCAGUCUUGAGACCAAUUUCCUCAAGGUUGUGUCCUCGGCCAUUGUCGACAAGUACAUUGGAGAGUCUGCGCGUCUGAUCCGUGAGAUGUUUGGAUACGCAAAGGAACACGAGCCCUGCAUCAUCUUCAUGGACGAAAUCGACGCCAUUGGUGGGCGGAGGUUCUCAGAGGGCACAUCGGCAGAUCGAGAGAUUCAGCGAACACUGAUGGAGCUGCUAAAUCAGCUCGACGGUUUCGACUACCUUGGACAGACCAAGAUCAUCAUGGCCACCAACCGGCCUGACACGCUCGACCCCGCCCUCCUCCGUGCUGGUCGUCUGGACCGAAAGCUCGAGAUUCCCCUGCCCAAUGAAGUCGGCCGUCUUGAGAUUCUCAAGAUUCACUCGGCAAGCGUGGUUACCGAUGGCGAGAUUGACUUUGAGAGUAUAGUCAAGAUGAGUGAUGGCAUGAACGGUGCUGAUUUGCGCAACGUCGUCACAGAAGCCGGCCUCUUUGCAAUUAAGGAUUACCGGGACUCCAUCACCCAAGAUGACUUCAACAAGGCAGUUCGGAAGAUGGCCGAAUCAAAGAAGCUCGAGGGCAAGCUCGAAUAUCAGAAGUUGUAG